AUGAGCGAUGAAAUCCGGCCCGGCGCCGGGGUUGCCAAUACGGUUUCCUUUACCAGCAUGGCGUCUGGAACCCGCGAAGACUACGAGCUGCUGGAGCGGCUGGAGGCGGAAUUCGCGGCCGGCGCUGCCGAACGGGUACUGGACCAGCUGCGCGGCCUGGCGGGAUCGUUGGGCGGAUACCAGGUUGACCGGUUGGAACAUUCGCUGCAAACGGCCACCAGGGCGCAUCUGGACCACGCCGACGAGGAAAUGGUCGUCGCUGCCCUGCUCCACGACAUCGGCGACUUGCUGUCACCCCACAACCACAGUGAGCUGGCCGCCGCGGUGCUUCGGCCGUACGUGUCCGAGGAAACCUGGUGGAUUGUCCGGCAACACGGCCUGUUCCAGAGUUACUACUACGCGCACCAUCACGGCGGCGACCGCCAUGCCCGCGAUCGCUACAUCGACCAUCCCUGGUAUCAGGCGGCGGUAGAUUUCUGCCACCGGUGGGAUCAGCCAUCAUUCGAUCCGGCUUUUCAGUCCCUCCCACUGGCAUUCUUUGAGCCCAUGGUGCGCCGCAUUUUUGCACGCCAACCGUUCAGCACGGUGGCCUGA